UUUUUAAUUUUUUUUUUGUUUUUUUUUUCCGGCUUGACGCAAACUAUGACCUGUGACCUGAGUACACAGUACGUUGCUGAAGUGUGGAAAAGCGUCCCCUCUACCGUUCUUCAAUUCCUCUGUUCACUCGCUUGCUCGCAGGCAGAUGUUAACGGAAGAGAAGAUAGAGGCUUUGUAGCUGUUAUCCUAGGGUUUUGUUAAUUUCGCUGGUUGAAGCUCUCGCCAUGGAGAGCAGAGUGCCGGAGAGACUUGCAGGCUGGGAGAUUCAUGGUUUCCACACACCAAAAGAUUUGGAUGUCCGGAGCAUUUUAGAAGAAGCUAGAACGAGAUGGCUCAGGCCAAAUGAGAUUCAUGCAAUACUUUGUAACCACGCUUAUUUCAAAAUCCAUGUCAAGCCAGUCAACUUACCCCAAAGUGGCACAAUUGUAUUAUUUGAUCGUAAAAUGCUGAGGAACUUUCGGAAAGAUGGUCAUAACUGGAAAAAGAAAAAGGACGGAAAAACUGUUAAAGAAGCCCACGAACAUUUGAAAGUUGGUAAUGAAGAAAGAAUCCAUGUAUACUAUGCUCAUGGCAAAGAGAAUCCAACCUUUGUUCGUAGGUGUUACUGGCUACUUGACAAGAAGCUGGAGCACAUUGUCCUUGUACAUUAUCGUGAAACAAAAGAGUUGCAAGCUUCUCCAGUCACGCCUGUGAAUUCAAAUUCUAGUUCAACCCUUUCUGAUCCAUCUGCUCCUUGGCUUUCGUCAGAAGAAAAUGAUUCUGGAACUGAUUGUGCAUAUUAUGCUGGUGAGAAGGAACAUACAGGACUUGAAGACUGUGUGACACUGAGAAAUCAUGAAAUGAGACUUCAUGAGAUAAACACACUUGAAUGGGAAGAGCUUUUGGCAGCAAAUGAUCCCAAUGAAUCAGUUGCACUUACAGGAGGAGACAAAGUUUCGUUCUUUCAGCAACAGGCUCAGCAUAUAGUUAAUGGCUCCAAAUUCGAUGAUUCAUCUCUACAAAGUAGCCCUUUUACAGCCAAUAACAUGCAAGCGAAAAGUCCUUCACUUGGGAAUCCCACUGAACCAAUUGCUGCAAGUGAUUCUGUUCAUUUCAACUUCCCAGGCCCUGUUUGCUUUCAGACAAUGGAGAGUCAAGAAAAUCCUAAUUUGGAAAGUAAAGAUUCCACUAUGUUGAGCCCUGGUGAAUCAUUAAACACUCUGGUCAGAGAUGGUUUGCGAACUCAGGAUAGUUUUGAGAAGUGGAUGAAUUGCAUCAUGACAGACUCACCGGGAUCAGUUGAUGAUCCGGUACUUGAACCUCCAUUAGCUGGUCAUGAUUCAUUUGCAUCUCUGGUGAUGGAUCAGUAUCAAACUACUGUUACAGAGAAAGUAUUCAGUAUAACUGAUGUCUCACCAGCAUGGGCUUUUUCAACUGAAAAAACAAAGAUUCUUGUAAUUGGAUUUUUUCAUGGAGAGAAUCAACAGUAUGCGAAGUCCAAUUUACUUUGUGUCUGCGGUGACACAUUCGUUCCUGUGGAAGUUGUUCAAGCUGGGGUAUUUCGUUGUUUGCUACCCCCACAUCCCCCUGGAUUAGUAAAUUUAUUUUUGAGUUUUGAUGGCCAUAAACCAGUCAGUCAAAUUUUGUCUUUUGAGUACCGCACUUCUUUAGCACAUGAUCAAUUAAUUUCCUCCAAAGAUGAGUCAAAUUCAGAAGAGUUUCAAGUUCAGUUGCGGCUUGCGCAUCUGCUGUUCUCUACGUCCAAGAAGCUUAAUAUUCUGUCCAAUAAAGUGUCAUCAAAUGUCCUGCAGGAAGCCCAAAAGUUUACACUCAGAACUUCUCACAUUGCCAAUUAUUGGAUGUAUUUGAUCAAGUCAAUUGAAGAUAACAAAAUCUCAUUUCCACAAGUAAAAGACUCUUUGUUUGAGCUUGCUUUGAAGAACAGGCUACAGGAAUGGCUUUUGGAAAGAAUAAUUGAAGGGGGCAAGGCCACUGAUCAGGAUGAUCAAGGUCGAGGAGUCAUCCAUUUGUGUGCUAUUCUUGGUUAUACAUGGUCUGUUCCUUUGUUUUCACGGUCGGGCUUAUCAUUGGAUUACCGGGAUAAAUAUGGGUGGACUGCUGUUCAUUGGGCGGCGUACUGUGGAAGGGAGCAAAUGGUUGCAGCUCUUUUAUCUGCAGGCGCAAAGCCAAGCUUGGUUACAGAUCCCACUUCAGAAAACCCCGGUGGAUGCACUGCUGCUGAUCUGGCUUCAAAAAUGGGUCAUGAUGGUCUAGGAGCCUUUCUCGCUGAAAGUGCUCUAGUGGAUCAUUUCAAUGACAUGACCAUAGCUGGAAAUGUCAGUGGCUCACUGCAAAUUAGCACAACUGACUCCUCAAACAUCGAGGUUUUCACUGAGGAUGAGAUCUAUCUGAAAGAUUCUUUGGCUGCGUAUCGAACAGCCGCUGAUGCGGCUGCUCGCAUACAGGCAGCAUUCCGAGCGCAGUCACUGAAGCUACGGACAGAAGCAGUUGAGACAUCUAAUCCAGAGUCUGAAGCUCGCUACAUAGUUGCAGCAAUGCGGAUCCAACAUGCCUUCCGCGAUUAUGAGACACGAAAGAAAAUGGUUGCUGCUGCCCGGAUUCAACAUAGGUUCCGGAGUUGGAAGAUAAGAAAGGAAUUCCUCAAUUUGCGUCGUCAAGUUGUAAAAAUUCAAGCUGCUUUUCGGGGCUAUCAAGUGCGAAGACAAUAUCGUAAGAUUCUAUGGUCGGUAGGAAUUGUUGAGAAAGCAAUUCUACGCUGGCGGUUGAAGAGGAAAGGCUUCCGCGGGCUUCAAGUUAACCCUGCAGAAGUGGUUGUGGAUCAGAUGCCUGAAAGCGUUACCGAUGAGGCCUACUUCCGAGCUAGCAGGAAACAAGCUGAAGAGCGUGUAGAGAGAGCUGUUACACGGGUCCAAGCCAUGUUCCGGUCAAAGCAAGCACAACAAGAGUAUCACAGGAUGAAGCUGGCAUGCGAAGAAGCUAAGCUGGAAUACGAAGGGCUUCUUGACCCUGAGUUUGCGGCGAUUAGGUGAGGAAGGAUUGUAACUACGACUCUAUUGCUACCACAAAAUUGUCAACCCAAGCUGGGGAUUAUGUUUGUUGAGUCUGUACAUUUUGUAAAUGCAUCUACUAGAUUAAUAAUAGUUUUGCGAGUUGAUCUC